AUGCGGCGCAUCUUCGCCCUCGUUGGCCUCCUGCUGCUAAGCAUGGGUCGGUGUAGAGUGAGCGCGGAGGCUGCUGCGAAGGCCUGUGAAGCGGUCCGCAGCGGUAGCAUGUCACGCAACGCUACUGCUGCUGCCUACGGGGUCAACAAGACGUCGCUCUCGCGGCGGCUGAGCGGUGAGUGUGCCAUGGACGCGCGGGUGGGUCCCGGGACUGUCAUGACCGCAGUGGAGGAGGAUGCGCUUGAAGAUAUUCUGCUGUACGCUGGGCGGAACUAUAUUCCGCUCACCACCGCAGACCUCACGGAGCGUGUGAGACAGCUCUGCAACGACGGUCGACCGAUCCCAUGGACCCCUGACAAUGGCCCGGGGAGGAGCUGGCUUGAGGGCUUCCUCGGACGGCACGAGCGCAUCAGCCUUCGACUCGCCCGCAUCUACGAGUCCAAGAGGGUGACCUCCGCGGAAGAUGAACGUCUGCACAAUUUCUACGACUUCUGGGGCUAGUUUCUCGACGAGCACCAGCCGGCGGCCGACCAUGUCUGGAACACGGACGAGUCAGGUGGCACCGUUCAAGGUACGCAGGGACAGCGGGUCGUGGCGGAACGGGGGCAGCCGGUGGUCGCCCAGAUGCGCUCACCUCGCGAGAGAACUGCAAGAUCAUCACCAUCAACGCCGCCGGCGCCGUGUUGGCCCCUACCAUCAUCUUCAAAGGGCAACGCUUCAACGGAGAGUGGGUCGCGGAUCUCAACGGCCCGCCGGGUGCGUUUUACGACUGCACGGAGUCG